AUGGCCGACCGAUUUCCGUCGCUUGAAGACUUCGAUUCAGGAGCACAGCCAGAUAUCAAGAACCCCUCGGCAGAGCCUUCGGCCGAUGAUUUCCUAGCUCGCGAAAAGGCUCUUCUCGGUGAUGAUGCCGACCAGUUUGCAACUGCCCAGGAUGCGUCUGCCUUGGGAGACGGUGGCGACCUGCUAGGCGAAGGCGAAAACAUCGACUCGACGUUUGAAUCACAGUUCCCAGAUCUGUCAAACCCCGUGGCGGGUACCGGAAUCACCCCAGGCAACACCGUUACUGGUCCUUCCGUCAGCUACAACUCAGGAUUCCAGACCACCGUUGACGACGAGGAGGAGCCCGACGUUAUCAAGGAGUGGCGCGAGCGCCGCGAUGCUCAGAUCCAAAAGCGAGCUGAGCAGCUCGCCGCUCAACGAGAGGAGACCAUUAAGGAAGCCCAGUCCAACAUCGAUGACUUCUACAACAACUACAACGCCAAGAAGGAGAAGGAGAUCGCCCAGACCCGUAAAGAAGCAGAGCAGUUCCUCGCUAACAUUGAUGAUACCGUCUCUGGAGGAACAAGCUGGGAUCGUAUCGCUAAGCUUGUCGACGUCAGCGGGAAGGGCGCUAAGGGCGGUGCUUCUGGAUCCGGCAAGGAGCGCUUCCGCGAGGUGCUGAUGGGUUUACGGAAAGACGAGAAGGCGCCUGGAGCUACGGGCUACUAG